AUCAGCGUGUUCGAAAGUGUUAGUUCCCAUAAAAAUAUUUCAGUUCCAAGACAUGCUUAAUGAAAAUCGUUUUCUAGGCACUUUUCGAGGUCACAGCAAACGGCCUAUUUCCAGGAUUUUUGGCGUCCAGAUCCAAACUUGUACGAUCCAGUCUUUUUCGAUCCAAGUUUAAUUUUAACGAUCUUUCCUGUCGGAUUAAGUUUCAGCUCUGAAAGGAUUAUACAGGAGACGCUCCAGCGAGUUGAACUCUCUUUGGCUGGCCCACCAGGAGACAAGGAUCUCAUUUUAAUAAACAGCGGUGCAACAGGGUAGCUAAUCAUUUGGAGCAACGGGAUUCUAAAACUUUAUCAUGGCUCAUUUCAACAAGGGCGCGGAAGUGGAUGAAGCCCACCCGAUGGAAAAUAUGAAACCGUCUCAACACAGUUCACAAGAAAAUAUACUAACUGUAUCUUCUGAAAGAUCAAAAUUUGCAAUUCUUACUCAAAAGGAAAAGAUUUUACUAGUUGUUGCUGGGAUAUUGUUGAUACUGUGCAUCGUUUUCAUAGCGUUGUUCGCGAAAGAAUCCUCAAGCGAUGACGACUCCAGCAGUUCUUCGUCCAGUAGUGGGCGCUUAGGUAAGUGUCUUUUAUUAUAAAUACAUUGUUUUAUUAUGCUUGUGAUGUUACUCUGGGUGGAUAUCCACAUUGAGGCAGUAAGCGUUUCCUAUGGUCCUAUACCAACUUCGAAUGUAUUGACAUUAGUGGGAGCUAACAAAAGACGCUAAAUGCUUCCAUUAUAGGUAUUUGCCACUGUUUAGUCACACCUAUAACUGUCAUUCCUUGGGGGAGUUGUCCACCAUAUUUAACACCUAGUAAAACACGUUUCAGUAAACUGCUUAAGAUAAUUCUCGUAUUUACAUACCGGAGGUACGCCAGUAUUAUUGUCUGGUACUUCUGGGUUUUUUUCAGCCAAGUACUUUACGUAAGUAUACACAUUUUGCUAUAAACUGGUGAACAGGAAUAGUGAACAGGAAAAUUGCGAUCGUAUGUAGAGGGUGGGAAAGGGUAUUUUCGUGAGCCGUGAAUGGCCAAUAUAUGUUCGCGUGAAAUGUUAAAUGCUUGAUUUUAGUGUCGUGAAAUGUGAUUCGUUCUACAGCCGUGAGGCGUGAUUGUCGAUAAAAAUUCUCCGUGAACGUAAAGUGUCUAUUUCGUGAACUGUAAUUUUGCUUUGUUUAUUUCGAUCUAUUUCAUAAUAGUCAAUAUAGACAUGAUGCGCGAUAAUCAAUUUAUAUGAUCGAUCUCACUCGAUUGCACAAGAGUAAAAAAUUCGGAGGCCUUUCGGAGGUCGUUGGACAUACGUACUCGUCACUCAAACUUGUAAAUUGUGAUAUUAUCAAAGUUUAUAUUACGCUACUACGCUGUAUGUCCUGUAUGUUUGACAAUAUUAUCAACGAGUUUAUACUACGAUACUACGCUACUAGUACGCUGUAUGUUUGACAAUAUUAUCGGCAAAGUUUAUACUAGGGGCCUACGAUACUACGCUGUAUGUUUGUCAAUAUUAUCAAAGUUUAUACUAGCCUAGGGGCCUACGAUACUACGCUGUAUUUGUGACAAUAUUAUCAACGAGUUUAUACUACGAUAUUAUGCUACUACACUGUGUGUUUGACAAUAAUAUCAAAGUUUAUACUACGAUAUUUAACUUAUUUUUCUUUUAAGAGAAAAGCAAAAUCCCUUUACUUAUUAUCUAAUUAAUGUAAAUAAAUUAUAAAAACUUUAGCAAUAGCCUUAGGAACACUAAUUAUAGUAAUGUACUAUUUCAGUAUUUCUUAGUAUUUUUUCAUCUUUCAAUUUGUUGUAAAUAGUUUCUGCUUGUAUAGAAUUACUUCUUUCAUAGUCUUUUAUCACUAGAAUACUAAAACUAGGGGCCUUACGAUAAAAGUCCAACAGGAUUUCCAAAGGUCCCUAGCCCAUUAUACUACUGUAAUAAUUUUUUUACUACUUGUAUAUAUUUUGUGGGCAAAAAGUUAAUAAUAAAAAAAAACUAUAAUCGCCCUGAAAAAAAAAAUUACGCUACUACGCUUUAAUCCUGUAUGUUUGACAAUAUUAUUAAAGUUUAUACUUACGCUACUACGCUACUGCGCUGCACGUUUGACAAUAUUAUCAAAGUGACAUUAAAAAACGCAUGUAAAUCAUUAUGAAUUCUGAACUUCAUCCCCUGUUUGUCAUAUAAAAAUGUAUUAUAUGCACGCUAUACUACGUAUACUACGGAGUAGUACGUGCGUAUUUACAAAAACGAUGAUCAAUUUACAGUAGAUGUCAGUCAAUCAAUUUCGCAAUCGAAACGUUAAUUUUUUAAUGGAAACCCUGGUGUGUGUUGACGUACGAAAAACGGAAAAAGCGUGUGACUCAAAUUUGAAGCAUGUUCUCUCUUGCAUGUGCCAUUGGAAUUGACGGACGUGACCGAUUUCCAUCCGAUAAGAAUAGGGGACGAAUGUCGUCAGACGAAUAAAUCUGAAAAAUCCCCGAAACGCCCGUUUUCCAUGUCAGCAAAAGUGACGCCGACAAAGGACACCGUCGCUUCGCGCGGCGAACAAAUUCGCCUAUAUAUUGCUUAUAAUUCGACUUUAAUGCCAGUUUAUUUUCGACGUUACCAGCUAAAACGCAUCUUAAUUGAUUCGCGAUCUGAUAUACAUUUAUUAAGGCCCCGAUUACACUAUACCGGAUUGCAUCGAAGCGACGCGAUUUCUGUACCGGAUUGGCCUCUUGUUUACACCACGCCACUGUAGUACAAACCAUACAUUUUCCGAUAACGACAAAACGUGGAUGCAAAACAAUACCAAUAAUUACAAUAACCACCACGGUGAUUACUUUUUAACAAUGAGUUUAAGGAUUAACACUGAAAAUGCAAAAUAUGCAUGGUGUGCUGUGAAGCGUCAUAAGUCCUGUUGAGUAUUCAUCUACUGUAACUGUGUAAAGCCCUUUCGAUACAUGUAAUUGUAAAUUUGUAUUCUUACAUGCAGGACUUGAAAUAACGUUCCCAAAGUUCCCGAUCAUGGUGAUCGGCAGUCGCAACUUUCCCUGCUUUUUUCAGGUUGGAAACCGAAACCCUGCUUUUCCGCCGAUCAUAAGCAAUUCCUUGCCGAUCAUUGAUCGGUGAUCGGUUGUUAUUUCAAGCUCUGUCUUAACAAUUUUGAAUUGAUACUGAUUUCAAAUGAUUAAAGCCAUGUAAUAAUUAUUCCAUGCAACUGUUAGGAAGGGCGAAAUUUUGAACGGAGGACGAAAAUCCUAAAGAAAAGGUGAAGUUUCUAAAGGGGGGCGAAUUUCCUAAAGGGGGCGAAAUUCCUAGGAUUUUCGCCCCCCUGGGGGGGGCGAUAUUCCUAGGAAUUUCGCCCCCCGGGGGGCGAAAAUGUAGGGGGGGGGCGAAAAUCCUGGGACACCGGUACGUGCCGCGGCGCGAAAAUCACUUCGCUUUGGAGGUGAUAUGAAAAGUAAUCCGGUACGUGCUGUACCGGAUAAAACCAAGUGUAAUCAGGCAAUCCGGUACGCUCCGAUACUAUAAAUAGGUUUCGGCAAGUAUAUUUUAACAUUGUCGUUUUAUUUACUCGCUUUUAAAUAUUUUAUAGCUGUUGUUUGCUUCGCUUUACAAUUAUUUAUUAUUUCUAGCGAAGACAAAUAAAGAUAGCGGUAAUAACAUUGACUUCUUGCUUUCAAAAGGGCAAAAUUUUAUGAAAUACUCGUCAAUUUUCGAUAAGAGCGAGACAAAGCAACGUCGGGUGGUCAAGCUUUGUAAACAAAGUUAUAAUUCACAAGUACUGUCGAGAAAACGUCCAAAAUGGUCAAAACUUAUUAUUUGUUUCCGUGGCAACGAUAAAAGAUACGAGCUGGCGACAGAGCGAAGCGGCAUAAACACCCUUGAUUUUGGCUUCGGUGUGAAAAUUGAUCCGGUAUGAAAAUCAAUCCGGUAUAGUGUAAUCCCAGCCUAAGACGUGAUUCUCGUUUAAAUUUCCCGUAGUUUGGAAUUAAAAGUUAGAUGAACUAGGAAUGAAACUCAUCUGUGACGGCUGUGAAUUCGACUAUUCAAAACAUUUUUCUUGUGAUGACCAGCGCCAUGCAUCGGGGGCGUGCAUUCUUAAUUCUUAUACCAUUCUUAAAUCUUAAUUCUUAAUUCAGCCAUUCUUAAUUGUUACUGAAGUAUUUCGCAACAAUCACGGAAUCUGCUGAAGGUAUACAAAUUGUCAAAUUGUUUAUAUACAUGUUAACAAUUUAGCAUUAGAGAGGUUAAGAUACCCCGGUUUACGGGUACGAGUAUCGCCAUUUUGUUUACCAAUUUUUGCUGAUGUCAGCAAUUUUACCCGUAAUUUCUACCCGUUUCCCCGUGGUAAACCAUGAUCUACACGUAAAAGACAAACGGGUACGGGUGUUUUCUGUUUACUAUUUUUGGGCCGUUUAAAUAGUACAAAUGUUCAAUAUCUUACCCAAAUAAAUAAUGCACAUAUGCUGGUCGAAGUUUUCAACAAUUUAUGGCGAACCUCAACAGCGAAAGUUGCCAUUCUCUGAUCAGUUUUCUCAUGCUGGAAUAUCUUGGAUUUCUUAAGUUACAAGUUAUUCCACGAUUUACGGGUACGGAUACGUGUAUAUCACCCGUACCCGUAAACCGGAAUCGGGGUAUCUUAACACCUCUAAUACUUUUCGGUAUGAAGUUCCGUCGCAGAAAUAAUAUUAAUUUUCUUAGGAGUUAGGGUAGUGUAAUUGUUUUAGUAAAGUCCUACAAUGGACAGACCGCCGGACAAGUUUUAUUUACUCGGCUGUACAAUGACAAGUACACUUGUUUAAAGGCUAUUAUGCUAGCUACUAAGUGAGCUAAUACCUUCCUGUUAAGCCGAAGUAUACAUUGAAAUGCUCGCAUUACGUUAUAAGAAGAUUACUAAAAUAAAGGACAAAGCAUUUCUAAAACUCUUUCCUAUCCGAGAAAUCCGACAAACGAUUGAUGGGCCACGCAGGUUAAUUUUAAAUAUUUGCCUAGCUGUGCAAACUCUGUAGCGCUAUGCGUUCAAAACCUAAACAGACGCUAUUAUCAGUUAAAGUCGUAAACAAGGUGCAGUUUGUUUAAUUACAACAACAAUAUUUCGAAGACGCAUGUUUACAUAAUGUGGUCUCACGCAGAUGGGAUAUUAUAGGUGUGAUAAAAGCAGUCGUAUGUGAUAUGACUGACACAGAAAUGGGUGAGCUUGGCCCUCAUAUGAACAGGCCCUCAGAAAUUAGUUUUUCAGCAAGCCUAUAUGUCUCGAGUCUAUUCCAACGCCAUACUGAUGCUUAUUGAAACCAGUCAAUUCACUAGGGUGUGGAUGUGGGAUAAAGGUGCACUUAGUUUUUAAAAAUAAGGUGCAUAAAACACAGUAUCAAAAGGUAUCCGUUAAGUAACCUGAAAAUAUGAGUUAGAACAAGAAGGAGUAGGACGUAUAAAACAUGACCCGCUCUGACUCUUCCACAGUCCCUCGUUAUAUAAUUUAGUACGUUGAUCCCAUGAUCCAACGCGAGCGACUGGGAACGAGUCAGUGACCCGCUUGCUAGUGUAACCCUGCCUGACGCGUUUACAUUGCUUAUGUAAACAAAAAGAUAGCCCUGUGCUAGGGUCACCCUAUCUUUUUGUAGGAUAACCCUACCCCUAGGGUAACCCUAGCGCACAUGUAAACGCAACCUAUAGAACACAUUAGACUAGGGUGACCCGCUUGCUAGGGUAACCCUCCGGAUAGGGUCAUCCCACUUCCAUGUAAGCCCACGGCUUCGAACACCUUGGAAAGGUUGCUGGUCAUAUGAUACCUGUAAAAUCCUUUAUGCCCCAUUUACACGAAACGAGUAUACAUAGAGGGUGGGAAGGGGGGGGGGGGUAUGGGUCACGUUUCACAACGAAAAAAAGCCGUUUCACGAGUCUUAAAAAAGCAAUUUCACGGAGAACUAGAUUCUAAUAAAAUAAUAUAAUAAUAGGAUAUGAAAACACGAACGCAAAUAUGAAAACGCAAACACCAAUUUGAAAACACGAACCCAAAUUCAAAAACACAAAUAUGAAACACCGUAUUUAGGGGAUAGGUUCACUUGAGUGUUGCCGUAUCAAAUUUCAAUUAUUAUUUCACAUUCCUUUAUUCAAAUAUCCAAAUGAAUGGAAGACAUCAAGCUGGAGGACUAGAUCUUGUUUCCAAACUUGUUUUCGUAAUUACAUUUCAUUCUUUGUUAACAUGUGUACCAGGAAUACUGAAAUCUUUCAGAUCAGCUAAUAAUACCUUUAAAACUUAUAUAGCCAAGUGUUCUAUCUAUUUCUGUACAGAUUAAACAAAUGUUGGGUAAAAUAUUAGCUUGCCUGUUUUCAAAGCAUAAAAAGCAAUAAAAUAAAGCAAAAGUACUUGUUAUUAAUUUAAAACUUUUGGAAUGCACAGCUUAAUGUUUUCCACUAAAUAUUACAAAGUUUUCGUUCAUUAAAAUGUUGUUUUAUCAGCUUUAAAACCAGAUAAAUUCACGAAACACUCCUAAUAUAUGUCGCCAUAUUGGUUUUCUGCGUGCAUGCUCAGACAAAUUGCCCACCUGUUCGUGGUUAGUAUAUCUGUGAAGAAAGUUUUCAAUUUAGGCAAAUCGGCGCCGUCGUAUUCUGUAACCACAAAGAGGCUGGGUAUAGCCGAUUAUUAAUAACAAUAAUAAUAAUAAUAUUUAAUAUUUAUAUUGCGCAAAUUAACAUGUUAUAGUAUAUGAUCAAAUGCGCAUAAAAAUUGAAAUGAAUAGAACUGAAACGCUACCUUCAGAUAAACUGCUUAUCUUUUUCUUGAAGCCAAAUGGUCAGACCACGCGUGUUUAUGUCAUGAUUGACAGAUUGAGCGCUCUUCGCAUGCGUGAAAAGACUGGGACUGGCCUUCAAAUUUGGCUUCAAAUUUCCGUUUGGAGGUAGCGUUCCAGUUCCAUUCAGUUCAAUGGUCUAUAGCCCGUUUUCUGACGUCAUGAAAAGUACGGAAGUGGUCCAUCAAAAACUUGCCAUUCUACCAACUUUAAACUGUCAUAAAAUUCGGAGGACUGCCGAAAUUUAUUGGGGUUAGGAGCACUUUAAAACUACUUGCACAUUAAUCCGUUUUCGAAUCGCUUCGUUUUUGAUAUUUCGAAAACGCAUAAUGUGUAAUGGUCAUUAAAUAAAUAAUUAUGUUUGUUCCUUUCUCCAGCUUCGUUAUGCUCCAUUGAACCUUGUGUUAACAAUGGAACUUGCCGUGAGCACAAUGAUGACAUCACGUGUACCUGUGCCAGCGGUUUUACUGGCAAGCGGUGUGAGGCGAAGAUCAUAGGUAAGACCACUGGAUACUGAUUAGACAGCCGCGUGUCAACCCAAUCUCUUCUUACGUAUGAUGACAUACAUUAUGUGGUCAUAAAUCUAUGAUGGAUACCAUACGGGCGUAUACCUUUCAUUUGUGAGCAAGGGCAUAACUUGGGUUUAAACAUUAGGGGGGAGGGUGUGUGGAGUCGCUACGCACGACAAAAGGGGUGUGGUCAGAAAAGAACGUAGAGAUGCUGGGAAACUAAAAAAGUUUAUAAGAGUCCUCAGAGGUAGCGUAAAAGACACCAUCCUCGUCCUGAGGAUAAGGAUAAUUUAAUUUUUUCCACAGAUAUCAGUUAUAUACAAGUUGUUUCAUAAUGAUAACAUAAUUAGUUUUAAAUAGUCAAUAUGCACCAUAAAGUAGAUAUCGGUGGCAAGGAGGCAUCCGGAAACGAUAGGCUUGUAAAUAGGAUGUCUUCUUAGAGCAGUGACAGCAGAAAAUAAUAUAGAUCAUAAAAAGGAUCAGUUAAAAUGUGGUCUGGUAAAACGCAAUUAGGCAUCUAGCAAGUAUUCCAAAAUUCUAUUCCUGAAGCAAUUUAUCGUCAGUGCACUUCUGACAAACUCUGGAAGAGAAUUCCUCAAUUUGGGACCUUGCCGAAUAGGAUGGUGAACUGCUUUACAUUAGUUCUACAUCGGCAUGAGCUAGACAUGAACUCUGGGAACUUUUAGGUUUUCUUGUUCUUACUCAACAUGAUUUGAAUGUAUUUUUGCCCAACAAAUUAUUGAAUAUCUGCCCUACAAAAUUGCUUUUCACGCUCUUGUUGGCUUGUUUGUGAGUACCUAACCCUACUUCUCAUCCGGACAAUAACCGGGAAACGACAAAACGCGGACCCCAGGUCCGUGGACUACCUUCGUGGACCUGGUCCGUGGACUACCUUCGUGGACCACUCUCAUGGACCACUUGCGAGACACCAGAUUUUUGGGGUUUUAAUUCUUGACUGUGCAUGCAAAAAUGUGCUCGAGUCGAGUUCAGUCAUUAUUAUCAUUGUGGAAACUUUACACAAAAUGUGAAGUUCUAAAUCCAUUCACUACAUGACCGUUCUAAAAUAUAAGUGUGCAAUUACGACUUUAAUGCAAAGUUUCCGAAUAUAUGCCCUUAAAAUUGGUAGUUUUUUUUUCUCGAUCGCUACAGGAAAUGCAAGAAAAGCAGUAAUCGAGCUUCAAAAAUUAAUAUUUUUGGGAGAGGACCUUCAGGCAUUGAAAGGUCAUUGCAACUUACGACUUCUACAGUUCAAGUGAUUUUUUAACAGUAAAAUUCGAAUAAUUCAGUAAAAUCCUUUGACCCCUCCUCCCCUCCCCUCCAGAUUCUCCACAGUAUUCCUAUAUUUUUUAAUGGAACCCUGACUACAUUUUUUCAGCAUUUUUACAGACUUAGUAUUCACUGUUCAUCAACAAAAACUGAAUGAUUGUGAAAUAAAUAAUGGAAAUGAAUAAUGAAAUAGUUCCCGCCAAUCUCGGCUCCCUAAACUCGGAAUAAUAGUGCUUGGUCUAUUGUUCGGUAGGCGAAAUUUUGCAAGUGGUCCACGAGAGUGGUCCACGGGAGUGGUCCGUGGUCCACGAGUGUAGUCCAUGGACCAGGUCCACGAAGGUAGUCCAUGGACCUGGGGUCCGCGUUUUGUCGUUUCCCACAAUAACCUCCUUGACCCUAACCGGGGAAUGCCAAGGCCAAGCCAUUAUGUUACCGGAUGUUAUCGGGAGAAGAAUAAUAUAGUAUUAUUCUUAUUCUCUAGGCUCGUUAUGCGCCAUUCAACCAUGUGUUAACAACGGGACUUGCCACGAGAAAGGUGACGACAUCACGUGUACAUGCGCCAACGGCUUUACUGGAAAGCGGUGUGAGGCAAAGAUUAAAGGUAAGACCGCUGAACACUGAUCUGCAACGUAAAUCCCCGUUCAAACUAUUUAUGGAAGUAACAACAAAAUUAUUUCUGGAAAUAUUGCCUUGCUUAGGAAUGCAAAACAGUAUGUAACUCAUUUGAAGACCAUGUCAAGUCCGUAAUGUAAACAAAUCCUUUGUUUACAUUUUGAACUGCUAUAUUUGUGAAAUAAGACGUACUAACUGAAUAUCUAACACUUUUCUGGUUCGCUAUUGUAAAUGAUUAAACUAGAGUCCGUUUAAAUUGAAAAAGUUCGAAAAAUGCAAAAUUUGGGCAAUGUUUAUAUCUGUGGGUCCCCCUUUGUUAUGAGCAGAACUGAUGCGCAAAACGGACUUGACAUGGUCUUUAAAUAUAAUUAGUAAAAUGCAGUGGCGUUGCCUCGCCUUUGUUAUUAGACAGAUUUAGAUUGAGGACGCGGACGUCAAAGACGACGUGAAAAUGGCGUGUUGUGCCCAUGUAUAUGAUAUUAGUCGGUAUAUGGAUGUGCCACGCCAUUUUUACGCCAUUUUCACGUCGUCUUUGACGUCCGCGUCCUCGAUCUUAAUCUGUCUAUUGUUCUACUUUGUGAAACACUUGAAACUCUGACUGUUAAGAUAUUGCGAUCGCCGGUGUUGAGAGGGGAGUGGGACGGAGGAAGUGAAACGGCGAGGAAGCUUCGCGGAAUUGGAAAGAAAGAAACUAAAAAAGCGAGCUUGUUAUGUUAAAUACAGUGAACAAAAAACUUAAAAAUAAUAACUUAGGAAAAGGCAAGGAUACUCAGAUUAUGCCUCACGAAUUGUAAGUCAGUCUUGCUGCAACCUUCAAUUGUCAGUAUAUCUGAGUUGUUGUAAUAGCUGUAAUUUUGCUUGAUUUAUAUAGUUGACUAUUUACAAAAUAAAGUAUUAGUGCAGAAAGAGAAAACAGAUUUGGGUAUUUCAAUGUGAUUUGCUUCAAACAAAGUAGCGUCUCCCCGGUUGGCGUAGAUGCGAAACAGUCAAAAUUCUACAGACCGAAGGAAUCACAAGCCAUUCGACUGAGGAAGAGAUUAUUUAUAUUUAAAGUUUAUAAUAAUACGAGUCAUUCAACGAUUGUUUCAAGGACAACCGAUAGCCAAAACGAGCGACAGACCGUCCUUGAAGAUAAUUCGUUCAUCACAAAUAUCACUGAAAGGUAAAUCAAAGCUUCUAUUAUUACUGAGCAUUUUGUUCGUCGAAUUAACGUUAGUUUGAGCAAAAACGCGGGCGUUCGGGGCGCCAUUGCUAAAGAACAUUUUUAUACGGACACGACACUGCUAAACCGGAUAUAGACUAUCAUAAAAAAAAAAUAAAUAAAUAAAUAACCAUCGCUCAGGAUGCCACCUAAAAUAAACUUCAAAACGCUCUUAGGGAAGCGAGACAAUGCUAUACAUGCUUUAAAAGAAUUGUUUGAAGAGUUUGAGACGGUGUUUGAAAUUCAGCCACAAUUAAAAGGCUAGAACAAAUAUUUACAAUACUCGAAACCAAAUACAGAAGUAUCAAGGAGCAGCAAGAAUUCAUCGCAGACAAAUAUGUAGAGGGGGGUGUAGAAGAAACGUUGAAGGAAGCUCACAAAAGAGUAGGUGACGCUGUAAAGGAAGAAUAUUUGAAGAUAUCUAAAAAGUUUGCUGCCUACCAAAAAGAAGUAAGCUCCAAGAAACCUCAAGAAGAGACAGAAACCUUAAAGGCAAUGACAUCCGCAGUUCUAAAAAUGACGGAGACCAUGUCCACGGGAUCAAAACCUAGUAAGAGUGGACUUGAACGUUUGCCAGUCCCAUCAUGGGAUGGCAGCCGUAGAAUGUACCCUACCUGGAGGAAGGAGUUUAAUCACUGGAUGAAAAAGUAUGCACAAGAUGAAGAUGAACAAUUGCAACGUUUCAGGAAGGCGUUGCCAAGCCAUUUGUGGUGGACAGAUCAAGUAAAGACCUGCAGAACCAUCGACCAAGCUUGGAAAAUCUUAGAUAUUGAAUUUUCAGACAAACGAAAGCUAAUGGAUGAACUCUUGGCAGGAAUUUCCAAGCACGACCAGGUCAAAAGGGACUCCAAGUCAUUAAUUCGGUAUGCUACCACAAUAUCGAGCUAUGUGAAUGACAUGGAAGCCAACGAUUGCAUGGUUACAUCUUCUUCAGAGGCACCAUUCUUCAUGUCACAACUGUUGUUCAAGCUCACCCCAAGUGAUAACGCUGAGUUCGGGAGAGAAAUGAAGAGGAACAAGAAGGAAGAAAGUGUACUCGGUCUUGUCGAAUGGCUGUACGAAGAAGCAGCUCUUCGUUCCAGGGGCAAGCUUGAAUAUGAUAACGAGAGUGCAGAACAAAGUCGACGUGUGUGA